GAUAAAAGAAGAAUAAAGUUCAUUUUGUUUAAAGAUUAUUUAAAUGCAAACUUGAAUCUCGAACGGUUGGAUUAUAAAUAAACUAGCACAAUCAAUUAUUGCCGAACCAAAACAAAACAAAAAAAGAGAGCAACAUUUCUGUUCUGUCAAAAAGCAGCUGUUUAAAAAUGAAUUAAAUGAUGAACUUAAAUGAGCUUUUAUAAAAGCUUUUAUGGGUGACGACGACGGACAAAGUAUAUUGAAGACAUACCUACCUACUUACCCACAAUCUCAUCAAGGAACAUUCGUUGAGCCAAUGACUUUCAUCAACAAGCUUUUGGUAUUUAUUGGAAUCUGGCAAUCUAUCUGGUGUCUGAGUUAUGGGGAUCCAACUCCGGUAGUUAUUUGGCAUGGAAGUGGAGAUACUUCAGAAGGAAUACCUAAUUCGAUGAUGAAACUUAUAGAGGAUCAUAUUGAUGGUAUUUAUGUGAAACGUAUACGAAUUGGUGCCAGUGUGUGGGAUGAAUAUCAAAAUUCUAUUUUCAUGCAUCCUGAUAUACAGAUUUCCUUGGUUUGCAAUGAACUGCAAAAUGAUACAAGAUUAUCAAAUGGUUAUAACAGCAUUGGUCUCUCACAAGGUGGUGUUUUUUUACGAGCUAUAGCUCAACGCUGUCCCUGGCCACCCAUGAAAAACCUAAUAACAUUUGCCUCACCACAUCAAGGAGUCUAUGGUCUUCCCAAAUGUCCUUCAACGAAAACAUGGAUAUGUGAUAUAAUCAGACAUUUCCUUUUCUUAGCUGCAUAUAAAAGUUCAACGCAGAAAUUCUUGAUUCCUGCAACUUAUUGGCAUGAUCCUUUCAAUGAGGUAAUGUACAAGUGGCAGAGUACAUUUCUCAGUGACAUAAACAACGAAAAAGGGAAGAACGAAGAAUAUUCUCAAAAUUUACAAAAACUUGAAAGAUUUAUAAUGGUUAAGUUUCGAAAUGACUCUGUUACCCAACCUAGAGAGACUCAAUGGUUUGAAUUUUAUUUACCUGGACAGGAUAAGGUUAUUUUACCAUUAAGAAAAAGCAAGUUGUAUAGAGAAGAUAAACUGGGACUUGCAACAAUGGACAAAAAAGGGCAACUUGUUUUCUUAGAACUGAAUGGGGACCAUUUGAAGUAUUCUGAUGAAUGGUUUGUUGAAAAUAUUUUAAGGUAUUUAAGAAGUUGAAGAUCUCCUUGUUAAAUUUAGAUUUAAAGAUUAUUAAUUAAUUUAUUUAGAAUUAAUAAAAAAAAACAUAUAAAUUAAAUUACA